GCAAACUGAUGCGUUAUCAUUUGGAAAAUUGACAAUUGGUCCACGAGCGACAAAAGCAACGAUUAAGCCUCGUAUCUGAAUCUGGAUAUUCCCCGUAUGUUAGGAAAUACCGUCGCAUCCUGUAUACAUAAAACGUCGACUGGUGUAAAAAAUCGUUCAAUAGGGAACGAGCUACCGCUUAGAAAACAAGUCAUGUUGCGGUUCUUUGGACUAUUCAUCAUUCUAAUAGUUUCUAACACGGUGUUACCGAAAGAUCCGGAUGAAAUGGCAACAAGAAGGGUCGACCGCUCGUUUCACAGAGAAUCACCCUCUUUAUUUCUGUUCCACUUGCUGAAACUGAAAAAGGUUCAACAGAUAGAGAAGGUUCCAACAACCCCGCCACCCACGGAUUGCAUCUGCGUACCCUAUUACCUGUGCGACGCUAAUCGUACCAUAAUCACGAAUGGUGUUAUAAUAAUCGACGUUAGGUAUCGAAGAUGCACAGGAGACUUGGAAGUGUGCUGUCGUCUACCAAACACCACGACCACGACCACAACUACUACCACUACUACUACCACUACCACUACAACAACAACUACGCCAAAACCCACAACAACUACUACAACUACGCCAAAACCCACAACAACUACUACAACUACUACAACUACUCCAAGACCCACCACAACCACCUCAACCCUUCCGCCUGUAAUCUUCCCUUCAUCAGAAUCCCCGACUACAUCGGUUUGCGUUUGCGUUCUGCCAUCGCAAUGCUAUCCAGCUGGAACUAUUGGUUCAUCCGGAGAAGGUGUGAUCAACCCCCGUUUGCAGAACGUUCAGUGUCCUAGUAUCAAUCAAGUGUGCUGCAGGCCAGAGAGUGUAAUUCAGUACACUAAUCCCACACAGACUUGUACAUUGUGUGGGAACACGAUCCAGUGCAGCAACGGGGUCGUUGUACCUGUGAACGUAGGGUCCGUUAAUACCGUGGUGACUUCUGGUCAGUGUCCGGUGCCAACCGCCUGCUGUCAGGGGGUGAACCCUACAUACGGGAACGGGAUCCCAGUGGCGAUAGGACCCGUUAGAAACCCUGGCACAUCUCAAGAAUGUUACUGCAUGGCGAGCUGGCUAUGCACGCCUGGAAACGCGGUCAGCAUUGACGGAGCUGGCAUCAUCGACCCCAGGUUCACCGUUUGUGGUACCGCGGACCAGGUUUGUUGUCGAGCCAGCACAGUGAGCGCCCCAAGGACCCUCGAUCUCCAGGGCCGAGGAGAAAGCAUACUAAACGGAGAGACAUCGUUUUCUCAAGUGGGAUGCGGUGUUCAAAAUAAGACGUACGCGCCAGCACAGCCUUACCCUGUGGACACAGGUAAGACCUAUUUCGCCGAGUUCCCCUGGAUGGUUGCCCUCCUAACAUUACAAUCGGACGGCAGGUACCUGUUCCAGUGCGGCGGAUCCAUGAUUACCAAUAAAGCUAUUCUUACGGCUGCUCAUUGUGUCGAUAAUGAACGGAAUGCACGAUGGGUGGCACGAUUCGGUCAGUGGGACUUGGAGUAUCAACCCAGCGAUCAACCAGUUCCCUAUCAAACUGCCAACGUGAAAACUAUAGUGAUUCAUCCUCAGUUUUACAGCAGCGCUUUGUUCAAUGACAUAGCAGUGGUCAUUCUACAUGACCCUGUUAAACAGAGUGUAAACGUUGCCCCGAUUUGUGUGCCACAGCAGGGACUGAUCUUUCCUACUGGCACGAGAUGCAUUGGAAUCGGUUGGGGGAAAAAUUCGUUUGGUGGAACGUAUCAGACCGGGCUAAGGAAAGUGGAACUUCCGAUCGUCGAUCGAAACGACUGUCAAAAUCGUCUUCGAACAACGAAAUUGGGACAGUAUUUUCAAUUGCACGGCUCGUUCAUGUGUGCAGGUGGUGAAGAAAACAAGGACACGUGUCGCGGGGACGGUGGCGGACCUUUGGUCUGCCCUACAGCUACGGGACAAUUCUUCCAGGCUGGAAUAGUGUCCUGGGGAAUUGGCUGUGGCACAUCGAAUGUCCCUGCUGUUUAUACAAACGUGGCGCAGUAUAUACAAUGGAUCGAACAACAAUUAGCAACCUAUGGAGCGUAACGAAUAGAAUAAAUAUAUUUAACAAAUUUCAUCUAGUCGUUUUUGUUAAUCUACGAUACUG